AAAGAGUAACUUAACCUCAGAGACAAACUCUCUCUGUUAAUCUUUUCAAAUAGUUGAUAUAUCUCGUUCACAAACAAUAAAAAUCGAGUUCAAUUCCAAAUUUUCGCAAUGGGCGAUCGUUAUAACAUUCACAGUCAGUUAGAACAUCUACAGUCCAAGUAUAUUGGUACAGGACAUGCAGAUACCACUAAAUAUGAAUGGUUGGUAAAUCAACACAGAGACAGCUAUUCAAGUUACUUAGGGCAUCCUGAUUUACUGAAUCAUUUCUCGAUAUGUGAGAACGAAGCGAAGGCUCGAGUGAGGUUCAAUCUGAUGGAGAAGAUGUUACAACCUUGUGGCCCACCUCCCGAUAAACCUGAAGAUUAAAUUUGAAGUUUUCAUGUCAUUAUUAUUGAAUUGGAGAGAUUUUUUUAUGAUCUGUGGUGUAUAACACUAUAAAUAAAGCUUCUUGUCAAGUGUGUAAAAAAAUU